CCGGCGCGCCAUACGAACGACGACGGGUCGCGCACUACGAGUAGGGCGCUGGUCGGCUCCGAAACCCCGAAGAACAGAAGGAAGAAGACGAAGAAGACGAGGAGGAGGAAACGGAAGAAAGUGGUAGCAGAUUACGACCGACUUGAAUCGAGACGAUUCGAUUGAACCAUCAGCCAGAAGAACCGAGGCAUCAGGUGAAGCUUUGCUAAGAAGCUGUUGAAGAAUAAACGAAAUCUCGGCCAAGGGAACGAGGUAUCGUCGAGAGAUCAAAUGAAUCAAACGGACAGGAUGUCUUCAGCGAUCGCUAAAGCCUCCAAGUACACGUACCGCUCCACCGGAGGUGGUACCGCCGAUGUCAGCAUCGAAUACAGCGCCGACCUGAGCGCUCUCACCAGACUGGAGGAUAAAAUCCGCCUGCUGCAGGAUGACCUGGAGUCUGAGAGAGAGCUGCGUCAGAGGAUCGAACGCGAGCGCGCUGAUUUGAGCGUGCAAGUUAUCCAACUAUCCGAACGUCUCGAAGAGGCGGAAGGUGGCGCCGAAUCUCAAUUUGAGAUUAACAAAAAAAGGGACACGGAACUGGCCAAACUGCGCAAACUACUCGAAGAUGUUCAUCUCGAGAGCGAGGAAACCGCGCACCUUCUGCGCAAGAAACACCAGGAAGUCGUCGUUGACUUCCAGGAUCAAAUCGACCAACUUUCAAAAGCCCGCGCUAGAGCUGACAAGGAAAAAUCGAAGUUCCAACAAGAAGUAUACGAACUCCUCGCCCAACUCGACAGUGUCACCAAAGAAAAAUUGAUGUCGAUAAAGACUGUAGAGAAGCUCGAGAUACAUGUAGCUGAGCUGAACGUGAAAAUUGAAGAAUUGAACCGUACCAUCGUUGACAUCACUAGCCACAAAACCAGACUAUCCCAGGAAAAUAUCGAGCUUACAAAGGAAGUGCAGGACUUGAAGGUCAACAUCGAGAAUGUUAUUUACCUGAAGACCCAGAUCGCAGGUCAGCUCGAGGAUGCUCGCCGUCGUCUCGAAGAUGAAGAUCGUCGUCGUUCAUUGGUCGAGGCUUCCUUGCAUCAGGUGGAAACGGAACUGGAAUCCGUUCGCAUUCAAUUGGAAGAAGAAUCUGAAGCACGUUUGGACAUUGAACGGCAAUUGGUUAAGGCUAAUGGUGAAGUACAAAUAUGGAGAUCGAAAUACGAAACUGAGGCCAAUGCUCGCGCCGAAGAGGUAGAGGAAUUACGUCGCAAAUACAGCGCUCGCAUCCAGGAACAAGAAGAACAGAUUGAAACCCUGCUGGUGAAGAUCAACAACCUUGAAAAACAAAAGUCCCGCCUGCAAUCUGAAGUGGAAGUCCUGAUCAUUGACUUAGAAAAGGCCAAUGGAACAGCUCGGGAGCUUCAGAAACGCGUUGAACAACUAGAGAAGAUUAAUAUCGAACUAAAGGCUCGUUUGGAUGAAAGUAUGGCGAUGUAUGAACAGAGCCAACGUGAUCUUCGCAACAAGCAACAAGAACUCCAACGUACCAAUGCUGAACUCGACAAAACUCGUGAGUUGAAGGACCAACUGGCUCGUGAGAACAAGAAAUUGGCAGAUGACCUCAGCGAUGCUAAGAACCAACUGGCCGACAUGAACCGCAGACUUCACGAAUUGGAACUGGAACUUCGUCGUCUGGAGAACGAACGUGAAGAACUUGCUGCUGCCUACAAAGAGGCUGAAGCGGGACGCAAGAUAGAAGAACAACGUUCCCAGAGAUUGUCUGCUGAAUUAACUCAACUUCGCCAUGACUACGAACGUCGCUUGACUGAAAAGGAUGAAGAAAUCGAAUGCAUCCGCAAGCAGACCAGUAUCGAGAUCGAGCAGCUGAACGCCCGCGUGGUCGAAGCGGAGACGAAGCUGAAGACCGAGGUACAACGCGUGAAAAAGAAGUUGCAGAUCCAGAUCACCGAACUGGAGCUGACUUUGGACGUUGCCAACAAGAACAACAUCGAUUUGCAGAAGACCAUCAAGAAACAAUCGCUCACCUUGACCGAACUCCAAGCUCACUACGACGAAGUUCAACGCCAACUCCAGGUAACCCUGGACCAACUAGGAAUCAGUCAACGACGCCUGCAAUCAUUAACUGCCGAGCUCGAGGAAGUACGCGGCAACUACGAAUCUGCCCUCCGUGCAAAGAGAAGCGUCGAACAGCAAUACGAGGAAUCGGUUAGCCGCAUCAACGAGUUAACCACCAUCAACGUGAACAUCGCCUCUUCCAAGGCAAAACUCGAACAAGAAUUAGCUACCCUGGCUGGUGAUUACGAAGAAGUUACCAAAGAAUUGAGAGUCAGCGACGAAAGAUACCAGCGAGUACAGAACGAAUUGAAACAUACCGUGGAGAUCCUACACGAGGAACAAGAACGUAUCGUGAAGAUCGAGGCCAUCAAGAAGUCUCUUGAAAUUGAAGUGAAGAAUCUAUCCGUGAGAUUGGAAGAGGUUGAAGCCAACGCUAUUGUUGGAGGCAAACGAAUCAUCAGUAAACUCGAAGCUAGGAUUCGUGACCUGGAGCUCGAGUUGGACGAGGAGAAACGUCGACAUGCCGAGACCGUGAAGAUCCUCCGCAAGAAGGAGCGUAACAUCAAGGAGGUGAUGAUCCAGGUCGAGGAGGACUCGAAAAACAUUGCUUUAUUGCAAGAAUCAUUGGACAAAGCGCACCAGAAAGUAAGCAUCUACAAGAGGCAGCUGCAAGAACAGGAAGGCAUGUCCCAGCAGAGCGUGACCAGGGUUCGCCGAUUCCAAAGAGAAUUGGAAGCUGCAGAGGACCGUGCUGAUACCGCUGAAAGUAACUUAACUUUGAUCCGUGCGAAACACCGCAGCUUCGUCACCACCUCCACCGUACCCGGUUCUCAGGUGUACCUCGUCCAGGAGACGAGGAGUGACCUGUAAAAACACGACCGCCGUCGACACCCAAUCCUUUGCCACUUCGAACGCCACCUCGUCGUCUUUAGAAACGUGUUACGAGCAAACGACGAACCAAAGGAAGAGCCUCAAUAAAUCAUCGUAAAUAAAAAAAAAAAAAGAAACGGUCAAGAAGAGUUUCCAACGGAUCGCAAUGCAAACGUCGUAAAUAAAGAAAUAUUAAAAUUAAUAAAUGCUACCUUAUUAAAAAUUCAACUUACGACAACGCCCAACGAUCCGUCGUAAAUUCGAUGUAACUUGGCUAACGAAUCGCGGUACCCGUCGCAACGAACCAGAAACCCAAAAUCCAAAAGGCAAAUCAACGCGAACAAUCAUCGUGUGAACUCGCAACGAUCGUCGUUAUUGGAUUAAAUAUAAGAAAAUCAUUAUAAUAUACAUACAUAAUAUAUACGUUAUUUAUAUAUGCAAUACGUAAAGAAUCAAGAAGCAAUUCGUUGUAUUUUCCUUGUAAUCUAUCAUGCGAGCAAUCACGAAGCGUGAGGAGUGGAAAUAUAUUGUUAAUAAAUUUAAAAAAUAUAUAUAUAUAUAUCAAAGUUAAGACGCGAGACGUGAUGAUUGUACUCCUUACGCUUCUUCGAUCGCACUUGUAUUUAAAUGGAUUAACUUUAAUUCUACUUCUAUUAUUAUUCUAGAUAGGUACUAUUGCCCAUACACACAACUCUCGCUGUACGACAUACACAAAUAACCUGUGUCAACGAUAAUUUAAUAAAUAAACUGAAACAAGUA